UCUGUCAAGGAUUUGGGUUGUGAAAAGCAAAAUGGCUUCUGAUCUGAAUUCUGGUUUGUCGAAGAAGACGUUUGUUUUUGGAUUGAAAGUAUGGGUAUUAAUGGGAAUAAUAGUUGGUUUGUUCAUUAUAAUCAUUCUUGUGGUGCUAUCAAUUUGUCUUACCUUGAGAAAGAAGUCCAGAAGAGUCAAUGGGAAGCUUUCACUUAGCCAUAUGCUAUCUGUUUCAGAAGAGAUCAAAGAAAUAAGAGUUGAUCAAGUUUCAGCAAAUAAUCAUCCGCAAAACGGUGCUUUUAUUAGUCUGAAUGACAAAUUUGGUGACAGAGAGUCUGAAAAGGUUUUCAUCCAAACAAAGAAUGGGGAUAAUAGUUCUCAAUCUGGCUCAUUUAAUCAUUUAGAGAAAGAUGCUAAUGGCUCUCAAUCAGGUGAAGAAGGCGGUGUUAAGAACUUUUCUGCUUACCGGUCUUCUUCGCAUCCUAUAACUGCGCCAUCGCCUUUGUCUGGCCUGCCUGAGUUCUCUCACCUUGGCUGGGGACAUUGGUUUACAUUGAGGGACCUGGAACUUGCAACAAACAGGUUUUCAAAAGACAAUGUUAUUGGUGAAGGUGGAUAUGGAAUUGUGUAUCGAGGUCAGCUAAUCAAUGGGAGUCCUGUGGCCGUUAAGAAGCUCCUCAAUAAUUUAGGACAAGCUGAAAAGGAAUUUAGGGUGGAAGUUGAGGCUAUCGGUCAUGUGCGGCAUAAGAACUUGGUUAGACUUUUGGGCUAUUGCAUUGAGGGAACUCACAGGUUAUUGGUUUAUGAGUAUGUUAACAAUGGGAAUUUAGAGCAGUGGCUUCACGGAGCCAUGCGGCAGCAUGGCUUUCUUACUUGGGAUGCUCGAAUAAAAAUUCUCCUUGGAACAGCUAAAGCGCUGGCUUACUUGCAUGAGGCAAUUGAGCCAAAAGUUGUGCAUCGAGAUAUUAAGUCAAGCAAUAUUCUAAUUGAUGAUGAGUUUAAUGCCAAAAUAUCUGACUUUGGGCUGGCUAAGUUGCUGGGCGCUGGAAAAAGUCAUAUCACAACUAGAGUAAUGGGUACUUUUGGAUAUGUAGCUCCAGAAUAUGCCAAUUCUGGCUUGCUAAGCGAGAAGAGUGAUGUUUACAGCUUUGGGGUAUUGCUCCUUGAAGCAAUCACAGGAAGAGACCCAGUGGAUUAUAGCCGACCAGCAGCUGAGGUGAAUUUGGUUGACUGGCUCAAGAUGAUGGUAGGGUGUAGGCGCUCAGAAGAGGUGGUGGACCCCAACAUUGAGACUAGGCCAUCAACAAGUGCCCUUAAACGAUCCCUUUUAACUGCUUUGAGGUGUGUUGAUCCAGAUGCUGAAAAAAGACCAAAGAUGAGCCAAGUUGUCCGCAUGCUUGAAUCAGAGGAAUAUCCUAUACCUCGAGAGGAUCGAAGACGCCGACUGAGUCAGGCAGGGAACAUAGAGGUGGAGGCCCAGAGGGAGACUUCUGAUACAGAUAAGAGUGACAAUCCAGAUUAUAAGCCCAACCCCAAAUCCAAUGGCAGAAGGAACCAACACAUGUAGUAUUUCCAGGAUAAGGAACAUAACUGAACUGGCAAAUUUUGCAAUCUUUUGAGCUUCUGUGAAAGUUCUGAUGCCUGCCACAUUUUACAUCAAAGACUUGGAGCAGGAACCAGUUACUUUUGGAUGGUUUAUUGUAUACCCUUCUAUUGUUAUAGCUUAGCUAUAGAUGUUAGAAAAUGUAGAUUAUUGUUUACGAAUAUGGGAUUGAAAAACUCCCUUGCAAUAU